AUGUCGCCUACUCGUCGCACUCUCGCGUCCAAUAAGCAGGCAGCAGCGGCAGACGAGCCGCGCGCGCCGCCCCAGGGUCUCUCAUAUCAGGAUCAGUUGGAAUUCUCGAGGUUUUUCCCCGCGCUCGUCGGAGGCGGAAUAAGCUCAGCUGCAAUUGCGGCGGGCGAAGCGGUAAACUUUCCUGCUAUGGCAUCGGCGGCGGCACUACGCGCACAUCGCCCCAUGACCAACCCGAGUUAUUUGUGCGACUCGGGAACCGACGUGGCAAGUCUGAAUUCGGAGACUCUCGCCUUCCUCCUCGCGAAUCCCGCCGCUGCUUUGGCGACACUGUCGCACACGUCGCCCGCCACGAGAAAUUUGUCGCACACUGUGCAUUUCGGCGGCGCGACUCCAUCGACAGGGGCCAGUCAGGAAGCGGUGCGGCACGCUUCGCUCGCAGCAGCGCAAUCGUUUCCUCACUCGGACGCAUGGCUCUCGCAACGCACCGCAAUCAACGGCAGAGCUAGCGGCGCGAUUAGCGGCGUUCGGAUGGCCUCUUCCACUUCCGACAGCAUCGCCGCAGCGGCGUCAGCGUUAAAUCACAACUCCUGGCGAGCCGUUGACGGCGUUGACCAGCGCGCCGUUGACUGGGCGAGCUGCGACGUGCCUGCGUUGUCGCACCUGCUGCUGCUAGAGCAGAUGCGACAGAUGCGACAGAUGGAACAGACGGAGCAGUUAAGCAAGGCCGCGGCCGACUCCGCAAGACGCGGCGAAAUAACUGGCGGCAGCAGCGAGCGCGCAGAUUACAGCGGCGGCGUAGUCGGGGGUAUUGCCGGCGGCGGGAAUACGGAGCGCUCAUGGGAGAUGAGUGGGGGCGGAGCGGGGCCCGCGGCGGGUGCGUCGAAUGAUCCAACGGCGGCGGACGCCGCUUUUCUUUCGCAGCUCCGCAGCGCGCACGACUCGCUCCCCCGCCCCUCAUUCCAAUCGCCCACCGCCUCGCAUGUUAAGACCCCCGCAUCUGGCGGCGACGCAUGUUGGGAGGCGUCCGGGACUCCGGGUCGCGGUUUUAGGGAGCCUCAAAGGCUGCGCGCACCAGGCGGCGGGAGUUGCGGGCUACAGUUGGCCGUCGCGGAGCAGCUAGAUCAGCUGCAGCGGGAGGAGCGCCGCGAUGAGUUCGCUCGGGGGGAAGCGCGAGAUAACGAUCUGGGAACGCGGGGCGGUGCGAGGGGAAAGCAGCGGGCACCCGGGCGAUACGACCAACGGUUUGAGAAGGCGGUAGGAACUGAAGACACGUGUCCUCCACACGCGAGGCCGUCGCCUCUGCUAUCUCUCGCACCCGACUUCCGCGAUUCCAGCGCGGGCGGCAGGGAAGGCGGGGAGACUGUCGACGGCCGCAGCACGGACUCGCUUGCGGCCGACCUUGGUUUAGCGUCACAACAGCUUGUAGAUGGUGUCGCGAUAAGCAAUAGCGGGGAUGCGAGCGGGAGCAAGGGGCAGCAGAAUUUGUGGAGUCCGAGCAACACGCAAAGUCGCAGCGGAAACGACUGGGGCUUCGGAGGCAGGGAGGAGAGGAGCAGGAGCGGCGGGGCCAUGGCGCCUCCCACGCGCCCCGCGUCGGCCGCCAUUACCAGCGCCAACGCCCGCGUUGCUGGCGGAGCUGCCGCUGGCGGAGCUGCGGCCGUUGCUGGCGCAUCCCCGGGCGGCGAUGAUGUGUCUCGCGCAGGCGACAGCGCACACUUGGACCCGCACGGGGCAGCACCCGCUGGGCAGCUGCCACGUGGCAGCAGGUCCAAGAGCGUUGGUCAGAUGCAGGCGGCUCGGAUUCUGCAGGCGCUGGAGCACGGCGCGCGGGAGAGAGUGAAGCGGCGGCGCACGCAGCAGAAGCACCUGGCGCAUCUGCAGCUGCAGCAGCAGCAGGAGCAGCAGCAACAGGAGCAGCAGCAGCAGCAGCAGGAGCAGCAGGCACAAGGAGAACAGCAGCAGGGUGGUCUUUCUGGCUUUGCGACGCUGACCUCUCCCCUCUCUGUCUCCUCCACUCCCCUUCGUGGACCCACUGCUGCUUCCUUACACACUCCCGCGCACGCAGCACCGCACGCAGCGCAUUUCCCCUCGGUUCCCAUGGCAUGGGGCCACGUCCUCCCUGCACCUGACGCGGAGGCGCGGGGAGGCGCGCAGGGGCGCAGCGAGGGCGAGACGGAGCGGUGGCGGCGGGAGCAGGAGCGGAUGGCGUUUGAUUGGAGCGAGAAGGGUCCGCGGAGCCACAGCGAGGCGGAGAAGCGCAGGCGCGAGCGCAUCAACCAGCAGCUGAACGUGCUGCGCGCGCUGCUGCCAGGCGCGAGCAUGGGGAAGGCGGACAAGGCGAGCGUGCUGGCGGAAGCAGUGGCGCAGCUGCGGGCGUUGAAGGCAGGAUUUGGGAAAAGUUGCGGGGAGGGGGGAGAGGGGGAGGAUGAGCGGGAGGAAGGGCAGCUGAGGCCGGGAGAGCAGGAGGGAGUGGAAGUGGAGGCAGGGGAGGGACAGGGAGCCAAGGAAGGGGGCGAGAAGCAGGGAGCAGAGAGAUCAGUGAAAGCAGAAGGAGCAGGAGGAGUAGCAGCAACAGUAGGAGCAGCAGCAACAGUAGGAGUAGCAGCAGGGAUGGUUGGUUCCAGUCUGUUGGCAUGUGACAGGGUGCCUGAAGCCAUUCCCAGGGAGGACGACGCGGUGGAGGUAGAUCUGGUGUGGGCGCAUGUGGCGGAGCAGGAGGAGAGGGGGGAUGAGGUGGGGGAGGAGGUGGGGGAGGAGCAGGAGGAGGAGCAGGGAGAGAUGGGCCGGGGAAGCAGAGAGGGGCUGACGGGACGCAAGAGGAGGCGAGGGAGUGAGGGGGUGAGGGCGGUGUGUGUGUGCAUUUGGUGCGAGGACAGGGAUGGUCUGCUGCCUGCCAUCGAGGCGGCUUUAAAGCCCUUCCCUCUCCGCAUCUCCAGCCUCGAGUCUGCCUCCUGUGCUUCACGUGUCGCCCACGUGCUGCUGCUGCAUGCCUGUCCUCCUCUGACAGCUGGAACCGCUGACAUCGACCCUGGUGCAUCCCUCCCGUCUACUCCCGUUGCUCCUGACUACAAGCCAGCAUUGGCUGCUCGCCCUCUUGGUGCUGCUUCUGCUGCUGCAUUUGGUGCUCCAGGCCCAUCAGCAGUUGCAGCAGCUGAACAGGAGCAGCAACACGAGGGAGUGGGAAGACCAGGGGCAGAGGUGUACGAGUGCAGGGAGGAUGCUUCACAGGCAAUAAUAGCAAGUGGGGAAGGUGGGAUGGCUCAGUACGUGCGUGAGGUGCGGGCAGUGGUGGUGGAUGUGAUGGCGCGGUGGAGGCGAGGGGAACUGGUCAGUGGCGGUGUGUGGGAGGAUGUUGGUUAUUGA